AUGAGGACAUUUAAUAAGAUUUCAGUGUAUCUAUUCAUUUUGCAUGUUCUUAUUUUUUUAAUUAGUAUUUCAUGCAAUAUAAUUAUAAAUGACAAUGAAUCAAACUUAAAUUUAUCAAACAUUGAUAAUUUAAAAACAGAAUAUAAUGAUGAUGUUUUGAACGUUAAUAAGUGGGAAAAUAAGGAACUUGUUUAUGGAAAUUCGGAGGAAGUAAAAGAAGAAAAUAAAUAUUACCCUAGUGAUGUAUGUGAAAACGUUGGUAUAUUCUCGCAAUGUCCUCAAAAAUCAUAUAAUUCAAUGAAUGAUUGGAAUUACAGAACUAUAAAAAAUUCUUCAGAAGCUAAUACUGGAGUAUAUGUUCCUCCUAGGAGAAGCAAAUUAUGUCUUUUAGAUCUUGGAAAACGCAAAAAUGGUAUAAAGGAUAUGAAUAAAUUCAAAGAGGAACUUCUUAAAGUUGCUUCAGGUGAAUCAUAUUCCUUAAUGGAAUAUUUUAAGAACGAACCUUCAAAUGCAAUAGUUGCACUAGAUUAUAGUUUUUCUGACUUAGGAGAUAUAGUGAAGGGAAGGGAUAUGAUGGAUAAUAAAUAUACAAGAAAUAUAAAUACAAGGUUACAUAAUAUAUUUUCAAAACAAAAUGGGAAUAAUGAUAUAAUGAGAAAAAGAUUGGAAUGGUGGAAUCAAAAUAAAAAGGAUAUUUGGGAAUCAAUGAUUUGUGGAUAUAGUGGUAAAAAAAAAGUUGGAAAUUUUCCAGAACUUAAUAAUAUUGAUGAGGUUCCACAAUUUUUCCGAUGGUUUAGAGAAUGGGGAAAGGAUGUUUGCUAUGAAUAUGAAUAUAAUUUAUAUGUUGUCAUAAAAUUAUGUAAAAUAAAAAAAAAUUUAAAUAACGAUAAUUCUAAUAUAGACGAAAUGCAAAAAAAUGAUGAAUGCAUAAAAGGAUUAAAUUAUUAUUUAGAAUGGAUUAAUAAAAGAAAACCCCAGUGGGAUUAUCAAUCUGAAAUGUUUAAUAAUAAUAAGAGUACAUAUGAUAAUGCUAAAGAAUUAACACCACAAUCAUAUUUACAGGAAAAAUGUAUUGAAUGUAAUUGUAAGAAUAAAGAUUUGGAAAACACAUUUAAAGAAAAUAAAAAUAAAGAUGAAAUACUUAAAGUGUUAAUUCAGAGAAGUAAAGAUAUUCAAAACGAAAUAAUGAUGGCUAUCGAAUCAAGUACGCAAAUUAUAUCUAAUGAUUUUACAAAUGAAGAUGAACAUCUUGGAGAUAUUGAAGAAGAAGAAAUAUAUGAAGAUGGUGAAUAUAUAUAUGGAUCCACGAAAAGAGAACCAAGCUAUAUUCACUCAAAACCUACUGUAAAAAAAGGAAAAGGUGAAUUGAGGAGAGGAGAAAGUGUUAAUAGAGCAGAUAAUUGGAAAUUAAAGUCAUUUUUGUUUCCAUGGACUAAAGUAAGAAUUGGCAUAGGAAAUUGGUUUUCAAGAGUUACUGAUCCAACGUAUAUUUCUCAAGCUGCUGCAAGUGCGGCAGAGAAUUUAGUUCGAUCUUCUGCUGGAAUAGAAUCUGGUACAGCUACUAGUAGAGAGGGAGAUAGUUCAAUAAAUGGAAAAAAAAAAGAAGAAGAAGAAGAAGAUGAUGAUGAUGAUGAUGAUGAUGAUGAAGAUGAAGAUGAAGGUAAAGAUCAAGGUGAAGGUAAAGAUAAAGGUGAAGGUGAAGAUGAAGAAGGACAAAAAGAAAAUAUGCUAAAAUUAAUAAAUUUAACUUCAUUGGAAAAUGAUAAAAUAGCCAAUGAAAAUGAAGACGAAAAAGAAGAGCACGAGGAGGAAGUAGAAAUGUACUCAAGCUAUGUAGAUGAAAUAGAAGAAGAGGAAAAUAUUACAGAAGAAGUUAAUAGAGACGAUAAUUCAGAUAAUGAUUUCACAGAGGACGAUGAUGAAGCAGAAGAAGAAGAGACAGAAGAACAAGAAACGGAGAAGAAUCAAAAAGAUACAGAAGAAGGAAAAAAUAAAGUUGAAGAGGUUAAUUCAAAAAUUGAUAAUGAAAUUGAUGUAUUAUUAUCUUCCCAUGAUAAGGAUAAUGAUAAAAAAAAAGAAACCCAUAAAUCAAUAUUAAAUUCAGUUUUAACUUUAUUUAAUAAAAAUGACGGUUCUGAUACGUUUUUAAAAGGAUUAAGAGGAGAUAUGACAUUUUUUUUUCAAAACAUUUAA